AUGAUCCGUCUUGCGGAUUAUGUCGUGAUCGUUGGAUAUGAUUUCGACAAAUCGAUUGAAUUUGAGAGUCAAGGUCGCGUGUUACAGCGAUUUCCAACGAAAGAAUGGAGUAAUUAUCCAUAUGAAUUUCAUGUAGAAUCGUUUUGUCAGCCGUGUGGAUGGCGACUAACGACAAACCGUCAGGCACCUACCUUCUUCGUUGCAUAUCUAACGGGGAUAGAUGGUAGCCGCUACUAUGCCGCCUGUCUUACGUUCUACGAAGCUGUCUCAGGUCAACAACAACAUAUUAUCCAACAUCUUUCCCAUGGUAAUCGUAGUACUAACGCUACGGAUGCGCACCACCACCAGACCGUCGCAGCUACUUCUUCCACUGGAAGUCUGAGCCAUCUAAAUAGUUGCGAGAGUCUGGCUGUGGUGUCUGGCAACUUCAAUGGGGCGUCGGUGGAUCCUAACCUCAUCCGACCCACCGAACUCUUCGCUCCGAAAUGCAUCGUUCUUCUUGCCCGUCAUCAGCAUUUUAAAAAUUGCUUAAGCAUACUCUACACUACAUUCAUGGACAGCCCGAAGGAGUUUAACCUGGAGGAAAUCAUCGGAAACAUUGUUGGGGGCAUUGAAAUACCACCUAUCGGGGGCCCUCGAAAGACUUUCACAGUGGGUGCCAACGACCGGCAAACUGUACAACCUGCCAAGUGUCAGACGAUACCCGUCACACGUUCUUCCGUGGCCAAUCUUUUCAAAUACUUAGGCAUUGAUAAUGUGUUGCUGAUGUUCACGGCGAUGCUAAGUGACCAAAAGUUGUUGGUCUGCUCCCAAAGCUUGGUCCGUCUUACCGAGGCCUGUCACGCUCUCACAUCGAUUAUCUACCCACUAAAAUACGGCAACACUUAUGUUCCCAUUCUACCGAGAGGCCUGCUGGAUUAUCUGAGUGCUCCAACGCCCUUCCUUUACGGCAUCCACGCGUCCUACCGUCAUCUUCUUCCCGAUAUUCCGGAUGUAUUCAUAGCAGAUCUCGAUGUCGGACGUGUUAUUUGCCCAGAGAAUAUCCCUCUUCCCCAGAUUCCUCAACCCUUCCUCACCGAGGCAAUACAAAGCCUCUUCCAUAUAUUGAGUCCCGACCUAUUGAUCUCUGACAACGUCUACCCUCCUCCACCGGAGACUGUACCCCAACUGACUCCCGAGCAGAUCGACAAGAAACUGCGUGCCGUAUUCCUACAUCUAUUCGCAUCCAUCUUCGUUGGUUAUCGCUCCUGCCUCACCAUCACUCGCAUUCAUCCACAGCCCGUCAUCCACUUCAACCGGUCGCUGUUUCUGGUGUUGCGAGGCGUGCACGAGCCGGACGACUUUUUCGACCGUCUUCUCUCUAGCAUGCGCUUCCACCGGUUUGUGCUGGAGCGUGGUCCACCAUUUCGGGUGUGCGACCUCUUUGACGAGGCGUAUGAUGUGGCGCGCACCAAGGCGCAACCUCUCGUGCCUCAAUUCGUUGCCGACGUUUCCUUCCCCGACAUGGAUUACGAAGCCUUCCUCACCGAUUUCACCCUCUCUCUUGAUCGUAUCGCUCAAAAAUUCAUGGAAAAUGAGCACGACGAGGGCCAUCAAAUUGUUGACGUAAUUCAGGCAGAGGCAGUAGAAGCGCACAAUCGUCUUCACCACCGCCCCUUCCCUCGACUUAACGCCCAAAAAGUAGACGAGUUUGUACAGGUGGCUCAGGAGCUGCGUAGCCAAUCAGUGCCACUGACCAUGGAGGUGGAGGAAAAGCCUCGCAUUGUGCCCAAAGGUGAGCAGUUGGACCGUAACGCGUUCAAAUCAGAGCUGCCCUCGGACAAAUGCCGUGUUAUCCGUGAAUUUGUCGCUGACAUCUUCGAUUUGCACAUCACCGAGGCUCUCAAGCGUCGUAACACUAUUCGACAGAACUUGAAGUCACAGCCCUUUCGACGCCUCUUUGUGGAUGAGCUGUGCAAGAGAAUCAUUCCACCCAUGGCCUCUUCUGAAAGUCUCAACUCCACCUUUCCCGAAGCCGUGACUGUGGAGUUCGAGCGUCGAGCCUCACUCAACUGGGAGCAGUUUGAUGUCAUCGUGGGACUCCUUGAUGAGGCCUUGCGCUACGAGGGGAUGUCCUACAACACCGUUAUAGCUCCUCCUGUUUUGGAACUUACUACCAGAAUCAGUACUCAACUCGGCGGGAUGCGUUAUUUUGCCAACAUGACGCAUCACAUACAGCGUCACAGGAUCUGGUCGGAAAUGAGUUUCUGGGAGGAUGUCUUCAACGAGCAAGUGAACAACCAAAUCAAGCAGCUCUAUUUGCAUCAAUCCGAGGAGGAGCGCAAAAGCGGUAUUCCCUCUGCUGAUCUCCCGACAAUUUACUCGUCUGACCAGUCGGUGCUGGAGAUAGCGGCGGAGGAGCUGCGCUCGGGCAGUCUGCGCUCGGCAGAGUUGCAGGCGAGUCUGCAGCAACAGGAGGAGGGCACGGUGUACGCGCAGAUCCUCCAUUUCAUAAAUCUCAUUGCCAACUUCCGUGUUCCUCUGAACGCUGCCGCACCCCUCAUUCCUAGCACUGAUCAGUUCGGUGGCGUCACCUCUGCUCCCGCUUCCUCGCAGGUGGCCUCCGUCUCCGGUGUUCUGCCUGCCGGCGGCGCUCAACAGUACCAGCGUGGGCUGCCAAAUGGCUGGCCUGCGGGCACCCCCAGCCCAAUCAAUUACCCCCACGACAGGCGUGAUUUGUCCUUCACCAGCACAUUGCUAUCGUCGAAUCACAAUGAGCGUAGAUCCGUUUCCCAUGGUGGCAGUAGCAGUGGUGUCGGAGGUGGAGGACUGGGUCAGCACCACGGCCACCACGUCUCGUCCAUUCCUCCUGGAGGAGGUGGGACGUCAUCGUCGUCAUUGUCGCGAGACGCUGUUCCCACCUCUGACGUUGUUCUCGGCGAAUUGGCAGAGUGGAUCUGUAAAUUUGUUGAAAAGGUCGGCGCCGAAAAUGCCCUCCCGGAGGCCAGCAUUAUUCAGAUUAAAAACAAAGUAGACAGUAUUUUGGAAGGUCAUUUACUUAACCUGGCGGAUAUCUAUCCCGAGGUGAAGAAAAUUCCAAAAAUUAAAAAGCCGGAGAUAGCGAACCCGGCGCUUCUCGCGGAUGAGAGCAUAAUUCGGCUAGCGGGUCUGGAUCGGCUGCCCUGUCAGUUGCUCAUUGACGGCCGAAUGGAGCGAGUUGGCGACAGCGGCGGCAGUGGUGGUGCUGGCGGAGGCGACUGGAGUCGGUCAGAGCAGAUGGUCUUCUUUGAUGCUAAUAACGCUAACGUGGUGGCGCCUUCCUCACAUGAGAUCUUCAACGAGGAGGUGGACAGUGUCAUUCGUACCCUACUACCCGCUCAAGGGGCCCUCUUCGUUACUAACUACCGCGUCAUAUUCAUUGGCGUGCCAAAGGAUCCCUUCCAGUCGAACAAAGUGGUGUGCCGCAGUUUCCCUGUCGCUGCACUGCACUCGAUUAAACGGAUGGGUAGCACACGGGUGGUGACCACCAUCCCCGUGGCACCUACAAUUGCAACAUCUCUCGAAAUGGGCGCUGGCGGUGGUAGCAGUGGUAAAAAACAACACCGGAAGCUGCGUGUUGGCGGCGUCUCGUCUUCUUCUUCUUCUUCCACAGAGACAUUGGACAUCUAUCGCCUGCGUGCGCUCACAAUGCAGAUGAUGCGCCUCGGCUUCGACCCUGAUGAGGUACCUUCUGAGGCACGUGACGAUUUGCGACACCUCCUUGUCGAACUGCGCUUCCACGCCAUCAUUGGACUCAGCUUCAACUCUCCGAACUCUCGAGCAUCCCAGGCAUUGUUUGCCUCAGAAAAUGCUAAUGGGUACCGAUCACCAUUGCCUAGACCGGCAUCGGAUCGGCCAAUGAGCCAGCAGUCGCAAGAAAUGGAUGGUGGUUUGGGAUUGGUGCAAUCGAAGCAGGGCGAUGGUGACGACUCGGUGAUUCUGUCCAUUGUGAGCAGCAGUCGGAGCGGGCGCAGCAGUCGCAGUCAAUCACAGACCGCCAGCACCAUGCAAGCUGCCCUCACGCAGGCGACCGGUCCACGCCUUCGCGGUCUCUCCGUGGUGCGCUCUGUCAUCGAUACCGCCACCUAUCGGCUCUCUGACACCGACUCCCUCGAAGCGACCCCCACUGGACUCUCGGACGACUCUUUACGAGUGGGCGAAUUUACGGACGCAAAGUCACUACUUUCCAUGACUCUGGCGAGUCUACGGUUGGCGGGCUUGAAUCCGGCAAUAUCGGAGGUGCUGCAGCAUUCGCCGGGCUACCUGGACAUGGCCAAAGUGGCUCUCCACUCCACCGACUACUGCAAGCAUCCCUCCUCUACCAGUCCCCUCUCCUCCAUCCAUUCGGGCUGUGCUAGUGCCUCCAACUCCCAGCAUAAGCCUCAACAGCCACUCUACUCGCCUGUCAUCACUCUGGCCAACGCGAACUACGCCAUUACGCGCACAUAUCCCUCUCUUCUCAUUGUCCCCGCUGGUUUUAAGCGCUCACGACUGGAUCGAGUGGCGCGCUACCACAAGCACGGCCGCUUCCCUGUGGUGGUGUGGCAGCACAUGGAGACCCGCGCCUUCCUGCUGCGAGGCGCCGCUUUCCAGGCCAAAUCUAUCCUCUCCGCUUUCAAGCACACUGUUGUCACUAACACUGUACCUGAGAGGCAAUCAGUCACCACCGCCACCACCACAACUACCGUUGCCGCCACCGAUGUAGAGACGAGUACGGAAAUUCCUUCGGCGAAGGAGCAUGCGCGUUACUUUGCCUCACUGGUGAACAUGUCUCCGAUGCCCUCGUCGGCGUCGGGACUCAUGUCUGCCUCAACAACGGCUUCCAUAGCAGGCUCAGUGCUGGAGCGGGAGCCCCUCUCGCCACGCAUCAACUCUAUGAUGCUUCUCGCCACCGAACCGCAGGGUGUCGCUACACCCUCUCCCUCACCACGUGGUGUCGGUGGGACGUUGGCCCAUGAGAAGACAGGCUCGUUGCUUCGCGUCCCCCGUGCCAGUUCACGAGUGGCUGGUUCUGUAAUAUCACUGGAUGCACCAUUUGAGAAGCGUCUCUCACUUUUCACGACUCCUGAAGAGUUGAAUGAGGUUACGACCCAAAUGUUCCACAGCCCUUCGGUAGAGGUCGGUCUUGCCACCUCAUCGGCGAGUGGUGUGCGCAGAGGUCACUACAUUCCAUGCCAAUCUAGUAGACCCAAAAGACGCUUUCGUGCUGGAGCACUGGGCAAAUUUGCUGGCGGGAAGGCGUCAACAACAUCGUAUGCAUUCAGUCACGAUGAUGAGAAGGGUAGCGCUACUAGCUCUUCGACCCAACAUCUUUAUCCAGAAUCUCGAAUGCCAACAACUCUAUAUGUUCUCUGUGAGCGCUCCGUCAAGACCAUGAUGAAAUCAGGCCAAUUUCCCGGCGUGGAGUUCAUUUCCGUGGACUACGCCUCUUACUCCUCGAUACGCGAGACCUUUCGUAAGCUCUACAACGCCUGUUUGCCGAAGGACGCACACUCGCGUCUUGUCGGCGUCUUCAAGGAACGCCGUCGCGGUGGUAGCAUCGACGAGGGAGGCGGAGGUGGUGGUGGCCUUACCAGUGACCACGAGAACAAUCUGGCCGCUGCGGUGCCCAGCGAGAAGGCGGUGGGAAGCGAUGGUGGCUCGCGGGGUGUCCCGGGCGAUAUCAUCACCGCUGUCGCGGAGUCGGGCUGGCUUGAGCAGAUUCAGUCCCUCCUCCAACUUGCUGGCAUCAUGGUCGAGAUUAUAAGCAUCCAAGGCGCCAGUGUUGCCGUCUGUCUCGAGGAUGGUACCGAUAUUGUGACGCAGAUGGUUUCGUUGGCUCAAGUGAUGAUGGAUCCUACGUAUCGAACUAUUUCCGGUUUCUGGGCUCUAGUGGAGAAGGAAUGGCUUCUUUUUGGUCAUCCUUUUAACCAACGUGUGGGCCAAAAGUCUGGAAGCAACAAUGGCAAGGCUUCGCACAUCUCGCCUGUCUUUUUGCAAUUCCUCGAUGCAGUUCACCAACUGUUGCGACAGUUUCCUCUCUCCUUUGAGUUUAACGAUUUCUUCCUCCAAUUCCUUGCUUACCAUCACGUCUCAAAUCGCUUCCACGACUUCAAACACGACUUUGAGCUGCAGCGCAUGGCGCAUUGGCUGAAUCUUACCCCCGACCACUCCUCGCUUAAGUCGGGUAUCUACCAGACCCACUCUAUUUGGCGCUUCGUUCAAGACCAACACGAGGAGUGGCCCGUCUUCUUUAAUUUCUACUACUCUCCUGAGUGCGCUCAAAAGACUUUGAUACCGGCAACACAUCAGGCUGCGUUGAAUGUGUGGAAGUACUAUCUCUCGGAAGACCUGGCCUCUGGACCUGUUUUCGACCUUGAUCUCUUUUGCCCCAGCUACCGUAAGCAGACUAACCGACCCUAUGAACCUGUUCUUCGUCAAGGUUACAACAAUAGUCAUGUGGAGCAGACAUACGCUUUGUUGGGUCUACGCGAGGGCGAUGAGGCAGUGGGAUGGCAGGAAGCGUGGUCGAAGGCGGUGCGACUCUCAGCAGACACAGAGAAUACUAUUGACGAGCCGUUCUCCUCCUUUCCCGAACUACCUCUAUCCGAGGAAGCGGGCGCAGACUUUGAUCGCAUCGUCCGUGCCAAACUCGCUGCCACCACUACUGAUGACAGGCCAAUUGUGCUCAAUACCACCCUCAAACCUCCACCUCCAUUACCGGAGUGCUCAUUCAACUCUCUCCCAAAGCACACCAUUUCCACUACCGCCGUUGGCUUUGAGAUUUCGGGAGGGGGACGUAGCUGCAUCAGCGACGGCGUCGCCUCUCUGCCCUCCGAGUCGGAUGGCGAGGUACCGCUGGGGGGUGAAGAAGACGGUCACAGGGGCUAUUCCCCGCCCGUGGAUGAGUGUGACGAGGCACAGCGGGCCGUAUUUGCACAAAAUCGUGCUAUCACAAUGAAAUGUUUAAACCGAGCAUCCGGUAGGCCACUGAACAAUUCACAGCUCUACCACAACCAGGCGUCAACCCUUGCGGUUCCCACUCCCACAGCUGAUAAUGUGGUUUUACUUCCUCACUCCCUUCACCACAGCGGAUCACUGAACAAUCUUCCGGUUGUCGAGGGUGGCUUCGGUAACCUCAUAGCAACAGCCUUGUUCGAGCAACCACACAGUUUUCGACGAGUAAAGACAACCCUAUCGGUGUCGCGUUGCGAUGCCUGCCAAGCGUUGAUUCUGGCCUCGGGCAUCACACGAGGCCUGGUGCGCUGCGUGGACUGUAACUUCUGCUGCCACGAGAAGUGCGUACCCGGGGUGUCGCGCAACUGUCCUGGGCGGCUGCAAGCUGCGGCCCACCGCCACCCCGUUGGAUCCACCGUAGAGGCCAGUGGUUUGCCCGGAACUGGUGUCAUGCGGCCCUGGAACAGGCAACGGGCUAAAACUGAGGAUUGCAACCUCCACCAGUCUACCACCGAACCCGAAUCGCUCAAUCUCAGCAACCCGCACUUUCGAAGUCGAUACACGACGAAUGCCACGGGUUCCUCAGAAGUACCCUCGCUAUACGAGGCGAAUGGUAAGAACGCCGACUGCCCGCCAGGAAACCUUCCUGCGUUGGACAGCAACCCAUCUCGAGAGAUUCGGGGCCGCGCCCCCGCGCCACCGGAUCUCGGCUCUGUGGCAUUUUGUGGGGAGCUCUACAAGCUGAGCAGUCGCAAGGUGUUGGCCAGCUGGAAGUCACGUUUCUUUGUACUCGAUACGGAACACCAUCAGAUGCGCUAUUAUGACACGGCACAGGACGAGGUACCCCGGGGCUUCAUCGAUCUGCAGGACGUGCGUGCUGUUACGCUGCUGCGCAACACCACCUCCGUGCCGAAACGCUUCCAAGAUAGCUGCGCCUUCGAGGCAAGCGGAAUUGAUACACCAGCACGACAGUUCAGAUUUGCGGCUGAUGAUGCAAAAUCUGCAAGAGCGUGGGUGGAGCGAAUUCAAAGCACGAUACUGUGA